AUGAGUGAGCAACCCGAUGCCAAGAUGGGUGGUGUCUCCCCAGGUCAUGAGCACGCCGAGCUCGUGGCUGAUGCCAGCAAUAUCACAACAUCCGCCGAGGACGGAGAGAGGGCUUCGAAGCGAGUUAAGAUGAACGACUCGAUUCCCUCCGAGUCUGUGCCUGGAGAGGGCCUACAUGAUGCGCCUGCUACCAAAGAAAACGGCGAUGUGACAAAUGGUGACAAGGAAAAAGUGACCGAAGAGUCAAAGUCGGACUCCAAGCCGGAACAUGUUGAUGGACGUACCAAGGGAGUCGCUCCUAUCAAGAAGGAGUAUCUCGUUGACAUGUCAACCUACAAGGAUACAUCCACCGAUACCGUGAAUGACGACGAUGCUGCUGAGGCGCGUGGCACUGCUGAAAACGAGGGACAGAAUGGUGACAGAAAGUCGGGCAAGGGCAAGAAGGAAAAGAAGAAGAAGGGUCAAAAUACAGAGCGUGACUUCGGCAAGUUUGACGACGCUUUUCGCCUUUGCAACAGCCGAGCUUUUUACCCCGAAUUUUCACCCAGAGAGUGCAAAUUUGGCGAUCGCUGCAACCUCUGCCACGAUCUUCGCAAGUACCUCGAGGAGGGACGCCGAGGUGAUGUCGAGACCUUCGAGGGCAAAUGUCCUGUGUUCGAGGCCCACGGCCAUUGCCCUGCGGGCUGGAAGUGCCGCUUUGUUAAGAGCCACAUGAAGGAGGUCGAACACGAGGAUGGAAGAAAGGAACUGGUUCUUAUUAGCACUGCCGCCAAUGGUGGUGAGAAUGGCGAGCCUACAGAGGAGGCAUCUGAGGAGAAGCGACCCGCCAUUUACAAUGUUGUCGGAAUGGACAAGAAGAUCGCCCUCAAUCGUAAGCGAACUGAUUUCACACAGUCUGACCAAAUCAUCACCUGGAUGAAUAAGGAAGCCAAGCUGAGCGAGGAGUUCAUGAACCGUCGUAAGAACCAGUCCGACGAGGGCAUUGAGGAUCUUCGUGCCCGCUUUGUCGACCCCCCUUUUAAGCCUUCCGAGAAGCGUCGUCUUUACUUUGGCGCAGAGACUCCCACUUUGGCACCUCUCACUACGCAAGGAAACCUGCCUUUCCGUCGACUUUGCGUCGAGCUUGGUGCCCAACUCACCUACUCUGAGAUGGCUCUAAGUAUGCCCCUCAUUCAAGGAACAAAGGCCGACUGGACGCUCCUCAAGGCUCACGAAUCCGAGCUUACUCCCCCCAAGUUCAACCCAGGCUCUGUUCCCAUCUUUGACGACUACGACAACUCCAAGGAUCUUAAGUUUGGUGCCCAAAUCUCCGGAAAUAACCAUUGGGUUGUUACAAAGGCUGCCGAUGUCCUUAACCGCUACUGUCCUCACCUUCGUCUCAUUGAUCUUAACUGCGGUUGUCCUAUUGAUAUGGUCUUCAAGUCUGGCGGUGGAUCAGCCCUUCUUGAGAACUCUGGCAAGCUGGAGCGCAUGAUUCGAGGAAUGAAUGCCGUAUCAGGAGAGGUUCCCAUUACUGCCAAGAUCCGCACUGGUAUUCGGAACUCUCGCCCUACCGCUACUCAGCUCAUUGGUAAGCUGGCUUUCGGAGCACGAGAGCACAGAGAACGCCUUGGAGCUCCCGGAUGUGCUGCCCUUACCCUUCACGGUCGUAGCCGUGAGCAAAGAUAUACCAAGAAGGCUGAUUGGGGCUACAUCAGCGAGUGUGCUGCCCUCAUCAAGACUUACAACAAGGAGAAGGACGCCCUGACUGAUACUGCUGCUGAGCCUGACGCCAGCACUCUCCCUAACAACAAGGAUGGCCGUAUGUACUUCCUCGGUAAUGGUGACUGCUACUCCCAUGUCGAGUACUAUGAGCACAUUGAGAAGGCUCGUGUUGACACCGUCAUGAUUGGCCGUGGUGCCCUCAUCAAGCCCUGGUUGUUCGAAGAAAUUGAGAAGGGCCAAUACCUUGACAAGUCGUCCAGUGAGCGUCUCCGCUACAUUGAGAAAUUCGUGCGCUACGGUUUGGACGCCUGGGGCUCUGAUGAGCUUGGCAUCGGCUUCACUCGCCGUUUCCUCCUUGAGUGGCUCAGCUUUGCCCACCGCUAUGUUCCUAUUGGCUUGCUCGAGCAUCUUCCUCCUGAUCUCAACGAUCGUCCUCCCAAGUACGAGGGCCGAGAUGAGAUGGAGACCCUCAUGGCGUCGAACAACUUCAGAGACUGGAUCAAGAUCAGCGAGAUGUUCCUCGGUCCCGUCCACCCGACAUUCAAGUUCCAGCCAAAGCACAAGUCCAAUGCGUACGAGGCUGAGGGUUAG